UGGAGGGGUGCGGGAGGUCGGUGCUGAGCGGGCUCCGGGCCCCCCGAGGCUGAAAGGGGCGCUGACUUCUGCAGCUGCCCUUGGGCAGCGGGACCAUCGAACACAACGCGCUCAGCCCUUGUUUUCCCCCCCAAAUCAGGAUUUCCCAUUCCCAAACUUUGGCCGCAUAGAGGAGGAGGUGGAGGCCAUGAGGACGAGGAAGAUGGCCCGGGAGCCCCAGGCAGACAAGGAGCUGAGGAUGGAGACCAAGGAGGACAAAUCCCCGCGGCAGAACUUCGUGGAAGAGGCCGUUUGCAGUGGCUCCGUGGAGCAGGAAUCCAACGGGGAGGAAAAGCCUCAGACAUCGCACAUGGUGAGCGACUGUGAGCACAGAUCUUGGGUAUCCGAAGAGGAAAGACCCAGCCUGGGGCAGGGAAGUGAACAGAGCUGCAGCCAGAGCUCGGAGCUGGGGGACCAUGAGCAGCUUCACGAUGGGGAGAAGCCCCACAAGUGUUCAAACUGUGGGAAGAGCUUCAGCAAGAGAUCCUCCCUGAUCUGCCACUGGAGAGUCCACGUGGAGGAACGGCCCUACGAGUGUGGGGAGUGUGACAAGAGCUUCAGUACAAGAUUCAAACUUCUCCGCCACCAGAUGAUCCACACCGGGGAGAGGCCCUACGAGUGUCCCAAGUGUAGGAAGAGGUUUCAGACCAGCUCCAAUCUCCUUAUGCAUCAGCGGACUCACACAGAGGAGAGGCCGUUCCGCUGCCCCAGCUGUGGGAAGGGCUUCAAAUACAACUCCCGCCUUGUCUCCCACCUGCGGAUCCACACUGGGGAGAUGCCCUACGAGUGUGGCCACUGUGGGAAGUGCUUCAGGACGAGCUCUGAACUGAUUGUGCACCAAAGGAUCCACACAGGGGAACAGCCCUACGAGUGUGAUAAAUGCAGCAAGAGGUUUUCAACCAGCUCCAGUCUCCUCCUGCACCAGCGCAUUCACAUAGAGGAGAAGCCCUUCCACUGCCCAGAAUGUGGGAAGACCUUCAGGCACAACUCCAACCUCGUCACCCACCGGCGCAUCCACACCGGGGAGAGGCCCUACGAGUGUCUUGAGUGUGGGAAGAGAUUCUCACAGAGCUCUCACUUGAACAAACACCAACGGAGUCUCCACUAAGGGAAGCCCUGUGAUUGCCCCGAGUGCUGGAAGAGCUUCGUGCUCUGCUCCAGCUCCAUCCCCCAUGGCAGGAUCCAUGCUGGAUGAUCCCCAGUGACCCCCGGUGGGCAGAGCCCCAAUGAUCCCUGGUGCUGCUGAUCCCUGUUGGGAACACACCUGGCUGGGGGCUCCACAUCCUCCUGGCUCCCCGUGGGCACCUGGACACAUCCACUGACCAACAUCAGAAAUCCACUGUGGAGAGCACAUUUGUCGACUUCUGACCCCAGAAAAAUCUCACUUUUUGCAUCUUCUGGUGGCAUGAAGCAACACUGGGUGGCCUUGGAGGUCUUCUGCAAUUUAAAUCCAUCGUUUCAAUUCUCUCUUGCCCAUGGGCACCUUCCACAGCCGAAUGGGAACAGACUGGGGCAAAACCCCUGAUUUUGGAGACAGUGGGGUGGAAAUGCCUCCAAAAAAGUUUCUUCCCACCCAGCCAAGCAUGUGGAUGCUCUGCCAGCAGGGACAAGUAAAUCCUUUUUUUUUGGCCUUGAAAUGCCAAGG